ACCAACUGGCAACUGGAAACAGCAUGUCUCCGAUAAAGGACUUCAGCCUGACUUAUGAAGCGAUUAACGAGGAUAUCACUUUCUCUGUGGGAGAUACCAUUACAGGGACCGUUACUUUCAAUUUGACAAAAGACACCAAAAUCAAAAGCGUCCUGGUAAAAGUCAAAGGGGAUGCGAACGUCCGCUGGACAGAAUUGAAUUUGACUCACAAGUCAACCUUCACUGCGCACAUUAGAUAUUUCAAACUGAAAGAAUACUUAGUGGCAGAAAACACUCGAGGCACUGUGCUUCCCAAAGGUAUCCAUGUGUUUAACUACAGGAUUCAAAUCCCACGGGAGGAUUUGCCAUCAUCCUUCAGGGAUGGACAUCCUUCAUGGAAUCAUGGACAUAUUACCUACAUGCUUGAAGCAAAAAUAUCCAGGAGCUGGCGGAGGCCUUCAAGAACACGAAAAGAGAUCAGUUUUGUUUCAAAGACCUUUCCGUAUGUUGGUCAAGUAAUGUGUUCACAAUCUGGUUCAGUGACUAAAGACAUAGGGACCUUCUCCAAAGCAGAAGUUCAAUUGUCUGCUACUGUUAACAAGACGGUCUGCUCUCCAGGUGACACGUUGUCUGUUGUUGUCAAAAUCGCCAACUCGUCUUCCAAAAAUGUGAAGCCCAAAUUCAAAUUGGUGCAGACGACCGUGUACCAUGCAGGUUUCUACAGAAAGACAAAACAAAAAAUUCUAGCCAAAGUGGUUGGUGACACUAUCAAGCCAAGAUCUGAGGAAACAGUCUCCUACCAGCUGACAGUUCCUCCUGAUGCCGUUUACAGUAUCCAUAACUGUGAAAUCCUCACGGUAGAAUAUAACCUCAAGGCAUAUGUGGACAUCAGUUUUGCAUUUGACCCAGAGGUGGUGUUUCCACUGGCCAUCGUUCCACCUAACCUUGUUGCCAUGCACCUCAGUGAGGUUGCGAGGCCUUACCACCCGGAGCCGUUGGGGCACAAAGUUACAGCGACUUCCCUCCUCCAACCUUCCUUGCUGGAUCUCAUCCCCUACCCACAGGCCCUAUUGCUAACGAAUACCCAGCACCACGUCCGUCUCAUCCUGCAAACAUAG